AUGAGGCGUGAAAUAGGAGAGCUAAAAUCAUCCUGUGAAUUUAAUAGUGAAAAUAUAAUUAACUGUGAGUUCAGAAAAACUGAUCUUGAGUCCAAGAUACCUAAUAUGAAGCAAAUUAGCAAUAUGAACAAAACGACACAUUUUGGUAAGGACAAAUCUAUUAUUGUCAACUUCAUCAACCGCUACAUAAAGGAAGAAUUUGUCGCUGCGGCGCGAAGUAAGAAGUUUAUGACAGCGAAGGACAUUGGGUUUGUGGGUAACGAACAACGGCUGUAUGUUAAUGAUCACUUAACACCGUUCUAA